GAAAGAAGAUUGAAGGAAGAACAAUUGAAUCUCAUCAAUCAAACUAAUUUGAUCCGAGUCACCAAUUGAUUGCGCAUCCCAUCGCGGUCAAUUUGUACUAAGGCUCAGGAUAAGACUCACCCUUUUAACUUCUCUCAAUAUGCUUUCAAGGGCAGCAAGACCCGCUCUGAGAGCUGGGGCUGCGGCUAUUCCUGCUCGCACCGCCAACAAUGGAGCAGCAGCCGGCUAUGCUACCCUCCGAGAAAUCGAGGGCCGACUAAAGUCCAUUAAGAACAUCGAGAAGAUCACGAACACAAUGAAGAUCGUCGCUUCCACCAAGCUUACCCGCGCCCAACGAGCCAUGAACGACUCCCGAAAGUACGGUCAGACCUCCAACGAAGUCUUCGAAUCCGCCGAGACCAAGCCCCUCGAAGGUGAGGGUAAGAAGACUCUCUACGUCGUCUGCAGCUCCGACAAGGGUCUUUGCGGUGGUGUUCACUCCGGUCUCUCUCGUUACAUGCGCCGAAACCUAGGACCCAACCACCAGCCUGCCGACCUCGUCCUCAUCGGUGAGAAGUCAAGGGCCCAGCUAAGUCGUACCAAUGCCAAGGACAUCGUCCUUAGCUUCGCCGGUGUUGGAAAGGAUAUCCCGACCUUCGCCGACGCCCAGGCUAUCGCCGACCAAAUCAGCCAGCUCCCCGGCGAUUACUCCGACAUCAAGAUCGUCCACAACAAGUUCAUCAACGCCACCAGCUACGAACCCAUCGUCGUCGAGGCUUUCUCCGAGGAGGCUAUCGCCAACUCACCCAACUUCUCCGCUUUCGAGGUCGAUGAGGAGCUCCUCUCUAACCUACGGGAAUACGCUCUUGCUAACUCUCUCUACUGGGCCCUGGCUGAAGGCCACGCCUGUGAGAUCUCUGCCCGACAACAGGCUAUGGAUAACGCCUCCAAGAACGCCGGUGAGAUGAUCAACAAGUACCAGAUUCUUUUCAACCGUACCCGUCAAGCCGUCAUUACGGGAGAACUGGUCGAAAUUAUUACCGGUGCCACCGCCUCGGAGGAUAUGUAAAGUGGUUGAUAGAUAGAAAAAUUAGAUGGGGUGUGGUGAAUAAUCCAAUCGCAUCUUCCCUUUGUAUCAAAGUACCCUAAGCAAAACCUCGGCGUUGCUGCCUUGGAUGUACCAAUUCCUCAAUAAAUUAGUUACUCAGA